AAUUGAUCCCUGGGGUGUGUCGGGUUCCGCAGCAAGGGGGGGGGGGGGGGGGAGAGAAAACGUCACGACAAGCAGGCUACUCCCACAAAUGUUUAUGCUCCUUGACGAAAUAUUGCGUAAUCUCACAAAAUUUUAGGGGGUGUCUUCCAGAUUUGGGGAUGUUAGGAGUGACCUAGAUAAAUCACUAGUGACAGUGCUCACACGACACCCCAUGCUAUAGGAGAACCACAUUCACCCACGACACAUUGUCUGCGCUUCGCGCUCCACAGCGUUUCGAACUGUAUUCAGGAGCGUAAACGUAACGUGGUAACGUAAUUACCUUCGCUUCCGCAGAUAAAGCGAUUCCUUUCAAAUCCACCCUGUAUUACGCUCUACCACUAAUCUUCCGCUGUGUGCCGCUUCGGCGCAGUCCUUCCAGAACCGCAUUGUUUCUAAGCAGCUCUUGCAAACUACUCCGCCGCACAUUAAAUAUCCCAGUCUGGUAUUCAGUGUGCUCACAUUGCCGAAACCAGCGAGACAGCUGAUAUGGAUGCGAAUGUACAGACACCACGCAGCAACACUGACAGAAACAAAUAUAUCUCUACGUGAAAAAUAAAUUAGCUCUUUCAUUCAUCAUCCUUAAAUCCAUUUUUCUACCAGCAUCAUAUGUUACCUUCAUGCUACUUGCGUGUCAUGUAUACAUGUACGUAUUGGUGACGGGAAAGAAAUUUAAUUAUAGAGGAUGAAGCAUCUCAAAACAAUUUUAAAGAACGACGAGCUUUCGUAAAAAGUAUGCGGUUACUCAGGUGAUCAAAAUUGAGGAUAUAGCGAAAUAUAUAGCAAACAAGAGUAAGAGAAGAGAUUUGCGAGGUCACGCGUGUGGAUAUAGGGAAAAGUGUUAAGCAUAGGUGAUAGGAACAGCGCUGCCUGUUAGACAUAGAGGCCCUUCUACGUGGUAAAGGGGGCCAGUAUAGGUACUGGGGCCACGAGAUUCGGAAGCCUGAUUCUAAGACGAUAAUAUUUACGUAUGUGCUAAAACUAUCACGAGGAAGUUUUAAAUGUGAAGAUGCGGGAGUAUCUUUCGAGGUAAUCUUUCGCGCAUGAAAUUCGAACAUCAACAAGGGGACCUGAAGGAAGGGCUCCUUUCGACUUCAACAAUAAUAUAACGUGUCAUUCUGCGUUACAAAAACAUGCCAAUGACUGGUAUGCGAGAGCAAACACAAUAAAAAAAUAUUAUAAUUUAUAGGCAUAUAACAAAUUAGGUGGACACUCCGCCAGGAAAGGGCGUCCCUCUCCAAGGUGACCUCAAGGAAUCGCCCGCAGUUGGCAGGUAAAGGGCGGGGAGGAAAGGGGAGAGGACCAUUGCUCCUAUCUUCAUUACUGCCACUUUCCAACUUGCUCAGUCAACUUUCCGUUUCCUUUGCACAAAAACUGCGCCGCCAGUGCAGAUAUGUCACCUCUGCACGCUUCUCUGCUGCCGCAAGCCAAGUCGGCUGUGUUGUCGUCUUUUUUAAGCGCGUGUCUCCUGGCUGUGUCGAACACUCCGCCCGAUACGUACUACGAAGCGGAAACCUUGAGGGAGGAAUAUGAUUUUAUAGUUGUCGGUAGCGGAUCAGCAGGAAGCGUUGUUGCGAACAGACUGAGCGCAAUUCCUGACGUCACCGUCCUACUGAUUGAGGCUGGAGGAGCCCCCGAUGUUCUGACGGAGGUCCCGUUCUUGGCUGCUCUUCAGUUGGGAGGCAAAUACGACUGGAAGUACGAGACGGUCCCUCAAGAAAACGCCUGUCUUGGUCUCAAAGAGAAGAGAAGCAGAUGGACAAGAGGCAAGGUACUCGGAGGAACAAGCGUCCUCAACGGCAUGGUCUAUGUUCGAGGGAACAAAGAGGAUUACGAGGGAUGGGUAGAAAACUUUGGUGCAACAGGAUGGUCUUACGAAGACGUGCUUCCUUAUUUCAAGGAAAUUGAGACGUUCUACGUGCCUGAGUACGCCAACAACGGUUACCAUGGGAACGACGGUGAGGUGGCUGUUGGUUACGCGCCCUACCACACUAAAGCGAGCGAAGCGUUCUUAGACGGCAUGGCAGAACUUGGAUACCAGUAUGUCGACUACAAUGGUCCAUCACAAAUAGGAUACUCAAGAGUUCAACUGAACACCAAAGACGGCAAGCGAGUUAGUUCAAGCAAGGCAUUCAUUCUUCCGAUUGUAAAGGAAAGGCCAAACUUGGACAUUACUUUGGCAAGCCUCGCAACGAAGAUUGAAUUCGAUGGAAAACGUGCAGUCGGCGUUCGCUUCGAAAAGCUUGGAACCCAGCACUUUGCUCAAGCUACAAGAGAAGUGAUUCUCUCUUCUGGAGCCCUCAAUUCUCCUCAGCUGCUGAUGCUGUCAGGUGUGGGACCGAAGGAGCAUCUUGAGGAACAUAAGAUCCCUGUACUGGCGGAUCUUCCUGUUGGGCAAAACCUUCAAGAUCAUAUUUUCAUUGGCGGGCUAGCGGCAACUUUGGAAGAGGACGCCGAACUGCAGCCUGACGACCCUUCAGCGAUGACCGCAUAUUGCAGUGACAAUGACGGGCCUUACUCAGUACCAGCCGGCAUCGAAGGCAUUGCCUUUAUGAGAACACCAAUCUCAAACAACACUUUGGAGCAUCCCGAUACUCAGUUCCUCUUCUUUGGAAUAUCUCCGGCGUCUGAACCGGGAGAGCUCUUCCACAAGGCCCUGGGCUACAAGGAUGAGGUGUACGACACGUACUAUUUGCCCAAGAGAGGCCAGCCUGCCAUUCAGGUUGCAGGAUGCAUCAACAAAAUCAAGUCCAGGGGCGAGAUAAGGCUCCAAUCCGCCGACCCGCAUGACCCUCCACUCUUUGACCCGAAGUACUUCUCGCAUCCAGAUGAUAUUUUGACCGGCAUUCAAGUGGCUCACAAAGCAACAGAAGUGAUGCAGUCCAACCCCAUGAAGGCCCUCGGAGCAAAACUUUGGGACAUUCCGCUACCCGGAUGCGAAGACAAGGCCAUGUACAGCGACGAUUAUAUGGAGUGUCUCAUGCGGCAUCUGCUCCAUACAGAAUGGCACUUCGGUGGUACUUGCGCGAUGGGAUCACAUAACCGUUCCGUCGUUGAUCCGCGGUUAAGAGUGCGUGGCGUGACUAACCUGAGGGUCAUAGAUGCUUCCAUAAUGCCUGAGCUGACUACAGGAAACAUCAACGCGCCGACAAUGAUGAUUGGAGCUAAAGGAGCUGCGAUGGUUCUCGAAGAUAAUGGACUAACUGGCGAUGUUCUGUGCGUCUUCAGUACGAAUCUCAGAACUGCACGUAUAGUGGACAUUUAUCGAACAUGCCACGCAGUCGGUAGCGGAUCAGCAGGAAGCAUCGUGGCGAAUAGACUGAGCGCUGCUGCCGACGUCAGCGUUCUGGUGAUCGAGGCUGGAGGUGCCCCGGAUGCUAUGACCGAGAUCCCGUUUUUGGCUGCUCUUCAAUUAUGGGGCAAAUACGACUGGAAGUAUGAAACGGUCCCGCAACGAAACGCUUGCCUCGGUCUAAUUGAACAGAGGAGCAGAUGGAUAAGAGGAAAAGUACUGGGAGGCACAGGCACCAUCAACGGCAUGUUGCAUGUAAGGGGAAACAGGGAGGACUUCGACGGCUGGGUGACAAACUAUGGCGCUACGGGAUGGUCUUUUGAAGAGGUGCUUCCCUAUUUCAAGAGCAUCGAGACGUUCUACGUGCCCGAGUACGCUAACAACGGUUACCACGGACAUCAGGGUGAGCUCCCAAUAGGCUACGCACCCAGCCAAUCCGUGGCAAGCAAGGCGUACCUGGAGGGAUGGCGACAACUGGGAUAUCGUAGCGUCGACUACAACGGUCCGUCCCAAAUAGGGUACUCGAGACCCCAAGUAAACAACGCCAACGGCAGAAGAGUUAGCUCGAGCACGGCAUUCAUCCUUCCAAUAGUGAAGGAACGACCCAACCUGCACAUCACUUUGCGAAGCUUAGCAACAAAGAUUCAGUUCGAAGGAAACCGUGCAGUCGGAGUUCAUUUUGCUAAGCUUGGAGUUCCACACUUCGCCCGAGCAAGAAGAGAGGUGAUCCUCUCAGCUGGUGCUAUCGGUUCACCUCAAUUGCUGAUGUUAUCUGGCGUGGGCCCCAAGGAGCAUCUCGAACAGUUUCAGAUACCUGUUCUAGCAGACAUUCCGGUUGGCGAAAACCUUCAAGAUCAUGUUAUCAUUGGCGGGUUGGCAUUUACCUUGGAAAAAAAUGCUGGGCUCCACCCUGAAGCCUUAUCAGCCUAUGAGAGCUAUUGCUCUCGUGGUACAGGGCCUUUCUCAGUACCAGCGGGCAUUGAAGCUAUCUCAUUUACGAGGACAUCUAUCACGAAUGACGCCCGUCCGGAUGCCGAAUACUAUUUCUUCGGGAUUUCGCCAGCAGGUGUAGGGUCUGAAGAAUACCAUACCGUGGCACUCGGCUACACCGAAAAGGUGUACAGCAAGUACUAUCUGCCCAAAAAGGACGAAUACGCAGUUCAGGUCUCACCCGGCAUCAACGGCCUGAAGUCCAGGGGCGUAAUUAAACUCAGGACUACCGAUCCAUAUGAUCAUCCAAUCAUAGAUCCCAAUUACUUCUCUCACCCGGAUGAUGUACUGAUUGCCAUUGAAGCAUCAAAAAUAGCAUUACAAGUGAUGCAAACCGACGCCAUGAAGUCCCUCGGAGCAAGACCUUGGGACAUUCCAUUGCCCGGAUGCGAAGACAAGCUUAUGUACAGCGACGAGUAUCUCGAGUGUCUCGCACGUCAUCUAACCCACACUGAGGGGCACUACGCUGGCACUUGUGCAAUGGGGACACACGAGUGCGCAGUGGUCGAUCCAAGACUUAGAGUUCGCGGUGUUACCCACUUGAGAGUCAUCGAUGCUUCAGUAAUGCCGGAGGUGAUUACUGGGAACACGAAUGCCCCAGCAAUGAUGAUCGCUGAAAAAGGCUCCGCGAUGGUUCUGGAAGAUAAUGGGUUAACUGAAUGUACUCGGUACUUGUAUAAGAAAUAAAGUGAUUCCUUUUCUUUUGUAAAAAAGUGGCAUG